UUAACCUACAAUCUGGCGUCACAAUGAAUGUUGUUGUUGACGAGCGUAUUUUUUUAACAAUGGGUUCGAAAAAUGUGAAGUAGAACAGUGCACAGAUAAUAAUUGAAUUCCUUGAGAUUUAUGAGAACUACCCAGUACAGUGGAACGCGUCUUUGAAAGAGUACAAAAAUAGGAAUUUCGAGGGAAGCAGCAUUUAAAGGGUUAGUUGAACAAUUGCAAAACACUUUUUCAAAUGUAACUUUGGAAGUGAUAAGAUCUAAAAUUAAGGUUAAAAGAGUCGUUAGCCAGGAAUGUAUUAGAAUUACGAAAUCAAUUAAAUCUGGUGAUGGAACAGAUGAACUUUAUGAACCGAAACUAAGCUGAUUCAAUGCAGCACGGUUUUUAAUGGGAUCUUCGUCCAGCAGACAUUCGACUUUAACACUAGUAAGUAAAAAAAUCAUGUUUUUGUGACUUAACAUCAUUUAUUAAUAAAUAUUUACAGUUUCAGACCUAAUUAGUGCUUUACAAUGAGAAAUGUAUGUGUGAAGUUUUACCUGUCCCCAGGAUUUUUAACAGGUUUCAUAACUGAAAUAUUUGAUCUAAAAAAAAAAACUAAAAAAUACUUAGUUAUUUGUGGCAGGAUAAACCUAUUAUUUUCAUUAAAAUGAAGGUGGGUCGUAAACAUUAACUGCAGCCUAAACGGCGUCGUAAUUAACAGGUAGCAUAUACGUUUCAUUUUAGGAAGUUAAAGGUUAUUGGGUGGUGGUUGUUCAGCACCAAUCCACUUCCAUUGCCAAGGCAGUGACCAUUCUUUUGAACAGAAGGAUUUUUCGUAAUGUUCUCUAGACUCUUUCAGCUUACGUUUGUACGCAUUAGUGGAAGUCAGUUUCGAUGUACUCAUGAGACAUGAUGUAUUGACAGUGGCGUGCCAUGUACCUGGUAUGAUUGUGCAUGUUACAAGAUCUUCUACAUCUACGGAUGAAGGUAAUGUUUGCCUGAUCACUUACGAAACCAGUUGUGAAGUGCACAAGAGCUUUUAACAACCAAAUCAACAGUUUCGGGAGACAAUGCAAUUGGCCGUUCAAAGACUCUAAAUUUAGCAACUAAAAUAUCGAAAGCAUUUUCCGAAACUCUACGUGCUCUAAAAAGUCUAUAUAUUCUUUCUGAAAUUGAUAAAUUCCGUUUGCUGAAAGGUUUGAGUAUGUCUUUUCUUAAUGGAAAUGCAUCAACUGCAACAAGAAUCGUAUUCUGCAGUAAAUUCAGGCUGUUACUUUCCAUAGCAAUGUUCAAGGUAGAUGCUUGAAAAACUGCACCAUCAUUUGAUUUUCCAUUAGCACCGACAUCUAUGUAUAAAAAAUUGUAUUCUGCAUCAACUAACGCAAAUAAUGUGAUGCUGAAUGUACCCUUGUAGUUGUAGUAAUUAGAACCACUCUUAGGAGGGCACUUAAUCUGGAUGUGUUUCCCAUCUAUUGCCUCUACACAAUUGGGAAAGUUCCACUGCACUUCAAAUUUGCGUUUCACUAAUUCCCACUCUUCUUUUGUACUUGGCACCUGAAACAAAUUUUUUCUAUAAUUUGUCACAAUUGUUUAUAAUAUUUGUAUUAUGUUGUACAGUUAAUUUGUUUCAUUUCAGGAUAAGGAAUUACAAAAUCUACCUACAGUGACUGACGUAUUUGAUAUUGAAGGUAUAGAGGAUGUGGAUUCUCCAAUUUCUUUGAAACGUCAACCACAACAAAAAAAAACAAAUUACUAAUUCUGAAACAACUGGAAUGCAGCCUCCGCGCUCCAAAAAGUUUGAAAAAUCCGAAAUACUUACGGUUGAAAGCAUUGUAGAUGAGCUACAAAAAAUAUCGCAAACUGUUAAGCCAGUUGAUAAAAGUGGUUCUGUUAAACCGGCUUGUGAUGAACUGUCUCAUUUUGGAGAAUAUGUUUCAGCGCAACUGAGGCUAUUAAAUCUCAUAAACUCACUUAAAGCCCAAAAAGCUAUCCAAAAUAUUCUGAUGGCUGAAAGAAUUAAAUCACUGAAACAAAAUAUGCAAAAUCAUAGUUCUUCAGCACUAUCCCCAGUAACAUCCAGGUACCACUGGAUCUGACAGCACUGAUGUGGGAGGGAUUCAUCAACAAGCAACUUCACACGAUUAACUUAAUACUGCUUUGGAAAACAGCUUUACAUUACAAACCGACGAGUAUUCCCAAGAAAAUGAUUCUUAGAAUUUGAUGUUUGUUGAAGAAAUUGUAAUUAACAAUAACGAAAUGAUGAAACGAUUUGAAAAUUUAUAUCCUAAUUGUAACUGUUAACAUGAUUGUACAAUAAAUCUCACAAAUAUAAUGUGUUUCAGUUUACCUUGAUAUAUUUUUCAAGUACUUCAUGAACGGCUACCAAAACUUCAGGUAUGAAUUUGCUAAUUGUACAUUUUGGCACUCGGUACAGGUACUGCAGAGAUGACAAACUGUCACCAGUAGCAAAUAUCUUAAGGUUAUUUCCAGUUUAGUCUUUGCCGGUAUCGCUUGCCUUAACAUUGUAUCUUCUUUUGCAAUCUUCUUUUCAACAAAAGACAAUAGUUCAUCAAAUUUGUUAGGCGUCAUUCUGAGAUGCUUUCUAUAUGAAUCACGGUCCUCUACAGCUAAUUCUCUGAGUAAGGUAUCUGAAGCUCAGAGUUGUAAUCUACGACGAAUCCAACUCCUUAUCCAUACCCUUGCUCUUCUUCUUUCAGUUUUUCUUAAUACACUUACUGUAAAAUCGCUUAUUAUUGGUACUAACAGUGCAACGACUCCACGCAUAGCAUCAGCUAUAUCAUCAGGAGGGGCCGCCAUUUUCACUACAAACCACAAGACAAUUCCUCCACUUGAAUUCAAGCUUUCAGAAAUCGUUUUUUUACUUGAAUGUAGUGUUAACACUUUACUUGACUAAAGUAAACUUGAUUCAAGUAACUUGACCAAUGUAAACGAGCCCUUAAUGCUAGCCAUCUUUAUUUUAAAACGAAACUUUGCUGCCAUAAUUUUACCAUCUUUAAUUGUGGCUCCAGCGACGCAACGUGUUACUGGUUCACUGAAAUUGAUUCUUCAUUGUGUGCCUCAACCUUCGUUUCUUGCUUGUUAGACUACUUAGAACGACACUGCUUACUAAGAAAAUUACCAAUUGUAAUAUUUUCAGACGGAUGCACGUACCAAAAUAGGAAUGUAUUAUGUCAGCAAGAGGGCUUAGUUAAAUCAAAUAUUUUCAAAGAAAAAGUGGUGGAAUUUUACAAGUUCAGUAUCUGGAAUAAUGGGAAGGCCAUUUUAAGGGAAUCGAGAAGUUUAAUUGGAUUAUAUUAAACAUGAAACAUACGCAUCAAAUGGUUCAAGUAUGCUGUGACUAUUUAAUUUAACAUUAUGCGGAAAUAAAUUUAAUUGAGCUCUUUGAUGAAAUCUGUUUCAUUCAGUGCUACACCACACCACCACAGAAACUUGGGCAUUGGAAACAAAAUUGUGUUUCGGUAUCAGAUAGGUGAAUUGAAAUUUUUUUAAACCCUUAAAGAAAAUGAUGUGUCCAAUAAUAUUUGGCGAAUUGGUAGAGUAUUGCCUCUGUAUCCCAGUAACUGAUGCACCGAUCGAACGGGGUUUUUCUUUAUUAACCAUCUGGACUAGAGGGAAAACCCAAUAUAAAAUGGAAACUUUGAAAUCCUUGUUGAUUGUUAAAAAUAAUUUAAAUGCAACUUGUAUGGAAUUCUAUGAAAAUAUACAGGAAAACAAAAAUUUGUUAAAAGCAAUCCAUUCCUCAGAAAAAUAUAAAAAAACGAACUAAAUUAGACUCCUUAUGUUUUAUUAUGUUAUUAUUCUUGAAGGACAUUUUAUAAACAAUGCAAUUGUAUCAAAUAUCAUAAACAUGUAUCAGCAUUUAUUCUAUUUUAUAUCAAAUAUCGCAAACAUAUAUCGGCAUUAUUUUACUAUAAAUAAGAUUUUUGUAAACAACUUGACAAUAUUUAAUGUUUAUAAUUAGUUCGAUCUUGAGAUUAAUUGUAUUCAUUCAAAUAUUCAAAAUAAAUUUUUUAAAAAUAAAUUUCGAAAACCGAAAUUUAUAAGUAGCGCCGUCAUUCGGAUUAGUGCGGUCGCGAGUUUUACGCAAAGUGCGAUAAAAGUUCCGGCUAAGUACUUCAGUACCUCAGCACUAAAACUACGUAUUCAACGAGGGACAGGACUUCAGAUAGCUUUUUCCACUGCAGGGAAGUAGGACAUAUUCUUACAUGAGUCACCUUCAUACCGUGGGGUGAGUACUACAACUAGGUAACUACAAAUUUGGCGAAAUCUGGGUAAGUGCACAGAUAAAUCCCAUUAGGUGAGGUCCACAUCAUACUACAACUAGGUAUCUGUUGUAGACAUUUUACAGGAGUUACUUAGAGUUUUCAAAACUAUAUAAGUUGAUGAUCAGAAAAAAUGUUCGAUCUACAACUAGAUAAGUUCACUUAUCUAGUUGUUCAACUUAGCAGAGCUGCAAGAUUGAAGCAACAAGUAGGCAACUCAACAUGUCUAGUUGUAGCACUACAAGACUGGGGCUUGAUUUUUGUCAACAGGUGGCUCUAGUUGUCUUGGUAAGGUUAAGGUAAGGCUUUCUACAAUUUCGAGCUAGUUGGAUGUUAACAGUGUGUGAUAUUAUUCUUCUUUAACUCUUUAUUAGUGCUUUAUUCUUCUAAAACUCGAAGAUGUCUUCAAGAACAAAACGUAUUAUGCAAUUAUGCAACAUCAACAUAAGUAAGUAUAAUUUUAUUACUCAAUUCAUUAAAAUACCGUUACCGACUCAAUAAUUUACUUAGGAAAUUGUGGAUACCAACUCAUUUUGUCAAUAUCAAAGAGUGUUUAAAAGGAUUUUUAGACUAGAACUUACAGAGCAAUGAAAUACAAUGCCGAAAUUAAAAUUAUCGGAAUAGUCGUUUGGUUAGCGUGCCUUAAUCGGUUUGUCACUUAUUUCAUAAACACGAAUUUAUUCCGGUCAUUAUUAUUGAAUCAUCACAUUAUUAUUGAAUCAUCAUUUCGGAACAUUUGGAUUUAGAUGCACUUAGGUGUAAACGUAUUUGAAAAAGACGAAAACAGCGCAGCCAAUAGGUUAAGCCGUGCAACGAAUUCUACCGGGUUAAUGGCGGCGAUUCCUUUGAUGUGAUCAUUGGCGGCACGGUAAGCAUAGAAAGCAAUCAAAGACACCGUAUUAAAAUUUAAUUGUAAUGUGUUUACAAUUCAAUACUGCAAUUUUACCUUUUGUUUUCUUCUCACAAAUUUUGAGUUUCAGUUGAGGCCGGUUGAUUUUGGUUGAUAUCUGAUCACCGCUCGCAUAGUUAUAUCAGAAAAUGCUUGAUGCAGGUGCCGGGUUGAAGUACCUCUCAGUAUUCUAUUUUUUAUUGAUUUCAAAACGGAUUCGAUUCACAUUUUAAUUUUUUUCAAUUUACGUUGUAUACAUUUUUUCAUUCAAAUUUUCGUCAUGCAAGAAUUUAAAAUUUUUUUUCUAAUUCUAUCUACUAUUCAUGUAAUCCUUGCAAGGGCCCCCAUUCCGGUUUUAAAUUACAUUAAGAAAAUAUAUCAUAAUUUUACAAUUUACAUUCAUUUAUAUUGAUGUAGGUAACGACUGCAGAUUGAAAUCAGAAGCCAGAUCAUGUAGUCCAUCCUCUCGUCAUCACGCAAUACCAGAAGAUCACAGAGCAAAUAACCUUACUGGAGAGACUUGUGAGUAACUAUUCAUCGAACACUUUACUUAUAUAGUGGUUUACAAUCAAUUAUUCUAAUUUUAUAUUUCUCGUUACUAGCGGUACAACCAGAAGAAUUGAGGAAUUUAAAUGGUACAUCAUACGAUAGCAAUUCUAUCCCUAGGCCCAGUCAUUCGGCUGAAACCAACACUACAAGACCAGGUGAGAAACUCGACACUCUCAACUUAAAUUGUGAUUCGGAUGAGGGAGUUGAUGAAGAGCCUUUGUUCUCAUCAGACCACUCUGAAUUUUGCCCCGAUGAAAUGUCUACAGACGAAACCUCUAUAAGUGACACUGACAAUCUCCAUACACAUCGGAUCCCAAAAGUGAAGAGCAACAGUGGACGUCUCGAUGGAAUGGAGGUGUUUCCAGAGACAACGGCAAAACCUCGAAAACGGCUUAGAUGUCAACAAAAAUGGGCAAGGACUAUAAGCAAGGAAAAGAGGGCUAGGGGCGAAUCCUAUGUCUCUUCUCGGAAGAAAGUCAUUCCUGCUGUCCAAAUGAAACCCCCGUGCCAAAACUGCAGGAGCCAAUGCAACGAAAAAAUCUCGGAAGAGGAGCGAAAUAGGAUUUUUUCAGCCUAUUAUGCAUUAGGAGAAUACAGCAGACAAAGGGAAUUUAUUCACGCCAACACUGAAAAAUUGACUAAAAAGCGUAUAACAGCCGAUAAUUCAAAACGCAAUUUUACCGUCACAUUCUAUCUUCCCAGCCAGGGAAAAAAAGUUAAAGGGUGUAAGACAAUGUUCCUCAAUAUUUUGGGCAUUAAAAAAGGUGUUGUAGACAUAGCGAUGAAAAAGCGAACCACAGAAAAUACAAAUCAAGAAGAUAAGAGGAAGAGAGGAAGACACAUCAAGAAGCAAACUCCACCAACUAUUGUUCAAAAUGUAAAAGCACACAUAGAAAGUUUCCCUGUCAUGCCGUCUCAUUACUGUCGUGCAACCACCAAGCGCCUUUACCUGGAUCAAAGUCUAAACAUUAAAAGAAUGUUCAACUUGUACAUUCAGGUUUGUAGUGAAAAUGGUGAACCGAAGGCAACUUUACCUUUUUAUCAAAAAAUUUUUAACGAAUGCUACAAUUUGGGAUUCCAUCAUCCAAAAAAGGAUCAGUGCCGAGUUUGCUCUCAUUACACCAAUGCUUCAUCAAAGGAGAAAGAAACCUUGAAGGAAGAGUAUACAAAGCACUUUCAGCUAAAAGAUAGAGCUCGUGCCGAAAAAAUGAAAGACAAAGAAGAGUCACAAAAUUCUAAUGGGGAAUCUGUAUGUGCUAAUUUCGAUUUGCAGCAAGUACUUCUCGUACCAUCUGAUCCUGCUAACAAUGCUCUAUUUUAUAAACGAAGACUCGCUACUUACAACUUUACGAUAUACACACUGAACUCCCAGCAAGGUUUUUGCUACAUGUGGGACCAGACCCAAGGAGGUAGAGGAAGCUGUGAAAUAGCAAGUUGCGUUCACUUGUUUUUAAAAGGCCUCCCCAGUAACGUAAAAAACGUAGUAUUUUACAGUGACAGAUGUGGUGGGCAAAAUCUUAAUCAGUUCAUCGCAACAAUGUUCAUGAUUGCUGUGCAGGAGCUACAAAAUAUAUCAGUCAUCGAUAUGAAAUUUCUAGUCUCGGGCCACACACAGAUGGAGUGUGACUCUAUGCAUUCAGCUGUAGCCACCGAGCUGCAAAGAGUAGGCAAAGUGUCGUGGCCGGAAGACUUGAAGCAGAUCGCAAGAAGCGCAAGAAGAAAAGGGGACAAACCUUACCAAGUGUUCGAUCUUCAGAUCGAAAAUAUCAAUGAUUACAAGCUUUUUAUGAAGGAAAAUCUCACGAACCGGAAGAAGGGUGAAGACUCAGAGGAAGUGCGGUGGCAAAAAAUGAGCUGGAUGCGUUUCGAAAAAUCCGAAACGUAUAAGAUGAGAUUCAGGGAGAAUUUUGAUGAACCAUUUAAAGUCUUAGAUUUUAAUAAAAGAAGCCGUCGGCACACAUUAUCACAGCUGAAGCAGAGGUAUGACCAACCAAUCCCAAUCACCUCCUUAAAACACAAGGAUCUGGUUUCCUUGUUCUCGCUUAAGCCCCCAGCACUCGGAGAUAGGUACAAACAAUUUUACCUAGAUCUGCCUCAUGAUGGAGAUGUCGGCGAGCCCGAAUGCGAUUUUGAUGAUUCUGACAACGAAAAUCUAUAAUUUGUUAUUACUAUUUUGUUUUUGCUCAAUUUUUAUUUUUAACUUUGUAAAUUUAAUUAAAAAACAUCGUUUGAUUUUAUGGAUUUUGAUUUGUUGCUUGUAAAAAAAUAUUAUUAACAUUACUGUAAAUAAAAACUUAUAAAUACUAAAUAAACUAUUCAUUUACUACCCUGCUUGCUUAAUGUUUUUGAAUUAUUUAGUUUGACUCUGACAUUGUACUGUGAAGGCUUCCUGAAUUGGAUAUGAAAAAUCAUUUUAUUAAAAACAAUAUUGAUCAUUUGGUAUGUAACUACUUCUAACUCAACAUCAAAAAUAUCCUUAUUGCUAAAACUAGGUAACUGAUUUUUUUUAGGAUACAUUAAAUUUCAAGAACUGUUUUUCGUCAAUUCUUAUAAAAUUGUGGUCAAAACGAGACAUAAAUACUUCUAAUUAAAUAUAAUCUUGAAAUGGUAGUAAAAUAACUUUUAGUUUAG